AGAUAGGAAAAGCCUUGCCUGGCUUCUCCUUAACCAUAGAGUUGGGGGCGAAGGCAGAGGCUAGAGCGCCCGGAAGAAGAAACAUCCGGGUUCCUCUCGGGAACCGCCGGCCGCCGGAAGGAGCGGCCACGGCGUCGCCUAACGCGUUGCCCGCCCCGCGCCUCUUUCCGCUAUUCGGAUUAAAUGCACUGGCAGCUAAAGAAGACUCGGUGGCCGCUCUGCGUCGGUGUCUAUCGUCCGGGAGUCAGAACGAGCCAGCCGCGAGAACUGAUGCGCAUGCGCCUGAGCAGGUGAGUCCCCGCCGUCCAAUCAAGAGGCAGAAUUUAUGAUGGACGGGGCGAAGGGGAAGGGGCGGGCGUUUCCCCGUUACCAUGGUGAUUCUGACACGACCCAAGUUUGGAGGUCGUGACCCCCCCCCCAAAUAUCCCAAUAAUAAGCAACACAAAAAUUGUAAUUGGCAAAAGAGCAGAAUGGAAGGUCCCUGCCUGCAAAGAGCUCACAGUUGUGGGCAUUUGGAAGAGGGAGGCUGGGGGGGGGGAAGGCUCUCCUCCCAAAAUAUUCUGAUUUUAAUGCUUUUCUUUUUUAUACUAUUCCUGUCAAGGGUUUCCCAUAAUGAGGAUCUGGUCGGCCACCUUGAGAGCAGGAGGCUGCACUGAAAUGGGUCGAUUCCUUGGCCUGAUCCAGCAGCCAGGCUCUUCCUACACUCUAAUGAUCGCUGUUAUCCCUUUGUUGUUGUUGUUUAGCCAUUUAGUCAUGUCCGACUCUUUGUGACCCCCUGGACCAGAGCACGCCAGGCACUUCUGUCUUCCACUGCCUCCCACAGUUUGGUCAGACUCAUGCUGGUAGCUUCGAGAACACUGUCCAACCAUCUUGUCCUCUGUCAUCCCCUUCUCCUUGUGCCCAACAUCAGGGUCUUUUCCAGGGAGUCUUCUCUUCUCAUGAGGUGGCCAAAGUAUUGGAGCCUCAGCUUCAGGAUCUGUCCUUCCAGUGAGCACUCAGGGCUGAUUUCCUUCAGAAUGGAGAGGUUGGAUCUUCUUGCAGUCCAUGGGACUCUCAAGAGUCUCCUCCAGCACCAGAAUUCAAAAGCAUCCAUUCUUCAGUAAUCAGCCUUCUUUGUGGUCCAGCUCUCGCUUCCAUACAUCACUCCUGGGAAAACCAGAGCUUUAACUAUACAGGACUUUGUUGGCAAGGUGAUGCCUCUGCUUUUUAAGAUUAGUCCAUCUCUACCCUGCCUUUCCUGCAGCACAGAACUCAAGAGUCUUGAUGGGGUUUUUCCCAGGCAGUGUCUCCUCCAACCACUCCAAAUCACACCCAGACCUGUUUAGCUGGAGCAAAAGGGCAGGUUCCCUCAUCCCAUUCCCUUAGGGGCCCGUUGCUCCCAUUUAAUGGGUGAGAAAGCCGAGAGAACGGCCUGAAUAAACGAACUGUGUCCGCUCAACAGGUCGGGUGGAGCCAAAAGCAUUUCAGCAGUUUUCACCCACUCAAGACGAAAACACAUUUGCCUGGAAUGCAGAAAGCAUUUAGUUGUCAUAAACAUAAACUUGUUUUCGUUGACCCUCUGAGAUGCAUAUAUAAACUAUUGAUUUAUAAUAAAUAAUAAUAAAUUUUAUCUAUAUCCCGCCCUCCCCGGCCAGAGGUUCAGGGCGGCUAACACCAGUAAAAUUACAGUAAAAACAUAAUGGGGGGGGGACCAAUUUGAAAUACAGGUUAAAAUGCAAUUUAAAAUGCAGCCUCAUUUUAAAAGUAGCCCAUAGAUCAAAACCAUAAGGGGAGGGAAACAUAAUUCCUAGCCUGCCCCCCAUGCCUAGGUCUGCUUCUCACAUAAAAUGACCCCCCCAAUGAUUCCUUCCUUGCAGGGGUUGGGCUAGAUGACCCUGUUGCUCCCUUCUAACUCUGAUUCUGUGCUUGAGAAAUGGGUGUGUGGCUGGCGGGUAAGGUAUUCCUUCUGGAUUCUGGCAGCUGGUGAACAUAGUGAAAUAAGAGGAGAAUCUUUCAGAGCUGUGCCGUGCCAGCUUUUAGCCUGCUGCUCUUGUAAAACACAUGUGCUGCCAUAGGGCUACACGCUGGCAUCCCACAGCAGCAGGUGGAGAGACUGAGCAAGGCUUUCAGAUGUACCUUCUUGACUCUUGCCAGGAACUGGAGACAUGGAGCCCCCAGCAUCUGAGAAGGCAUUGGAAGGGAGGAAGAAGUUCACUGUGAAGAUGGACGAUGAAGACGUCGCUCCGGUACGACGGGAGGUUUUGGGUGAGGUUGUGAAGAUCUCGCUUGGAGGACUAUUUCCCCCCCCCCCAAAAAAAAAUAAUCUUACUGGACAUCAGUUGGUUUCAUGACCAGGAACGUCUGACCUCUGUAGUUCAUGCACUGUAGUUCAUGCAGACUGGAUUGCUGCAAUGCGCUCUGAGUGAGGAUUCCCUCACACUUGUCCCAGAAGUUGCAGUUAGUCCAGAAUGCUGCAGCAUGGACCAGCUCACCUGCGAGAUCACCUUACCCUACAAGUGCCCACUCAACAGCUUCGAUCGGUGGAACUGGCCCUGUUACAGGCGCAACAUAAUACCCAUUCCACAUUUGUAAGAAUGAAAUAUUUUAGUGUGGUGGCAUCUACACUUAGGAACUCCCUGCCUAGGGAUAUCAGGGAUAUCAGGAUAUCCCUGCCCAUGGAUAGCAGGUGCCUUUGCUGAACUCUUUCCUGCACCUGCUAAAAGCAUUUUUGUUCAGAAAAGCCUAGCCAGAGAUGCAAAAUGAGCAUGCAGAAUGUUUGGUGCAUGUUUUAAUCAGUUUUUGGUUUAUUGCUGAUUUUAUAACGAUAUAAAGAGUUAUUUUUACUGAUAAUUUUGUGGUAUUAUUCCCAUUGUAAACCACUUUGAGCUUUGUUUGUUUUUAUGAAAUAGUCAGUAAAUGAUCUUCACUCGUAUGCUCACACUGAAACCCAACACACGCACAGAGCUCCCUCCCUCACAGAAGCCACCAUCUCUCCUCUCCAACAGAGCCAAAACAAAUUUCUCAGUCACCCAACACUCUCUCCCCACCCUCUCCAUUUCCAGGUGAAACUUCUUUUCAAACCCUCUUCUGCAGCCAAAGCCUCGCCAACCUCCGAGGCCCCAGUUGCGCCAGGGGGCGCAUCGUACGCAGACUAUGUCGUUGGACAAGUGGCGGCCUCCUCAGUUCCUCAGGUGAAGCAAGGAGCACCUGUUGCCACAACCACCGCCUCUGCUCUCCCAAGAGCGCCCCCUCCACAUGGCGAAAACAAGAGCCUCCCUGUCGUGCAAAGCGCAACGGAAGACAGAGCACCCCCCUUGAACCCAGCGCCAAAGCCAGGAACCAAACACAACAGCAUCAUCGUCAGCCCCCGUCAGGUGAGAGAGGGGAGUGGGCAAGUGGGCAAGGGACUCCUCCUCCUCCUCUCUCAGCCCCUGCGCCUUUGGACAAUUCUGCUGGCAUUAUGUGUUACCCAGAGGCUGCUCUAGAAAGGUCAAGCUGUGGUUGAUUUCGAACAGAGCCCAGGGCAGUUCCGAAAUCCCAAAUGAACCAUAGAAUUGUAAGGGACUCCAAGGGCCAUCUAAUCUAACCGCAUGCAAUGCCGGAAUCACAGCUAAUGUGUGGAACCGACUGCGCUUACUGUAUAAACUUCCAUGGCUUUGCAGGAAUUCCAAUCCAGACCUCCUGAACUCAAAUCCAGAAAUUCUGUCCAUUGGACAUCCCUGCUUAGUUUCGCAGAGGGAAAAGCCCCAGACCCCACCUUGCUUGUAAACCGUUCUUCCCCCAUCUUGGCAGCCUUCGAGGGGGCAAGGAGAAAGCACUUUGCACAUGUUCAGAGACUACCUUCUCUGUAUGAGCAGGCCAGGCAUUCACAGCUUCUUCCAGGGCUGAGCCAUCUGAAAGUGUCACGUGCUCACAGCUGUCAAGAAAACUGUUCCCGAUGUCCAUGUAAAAGGGCUUUGGCAGGAGGAGGCAAGAUCUUUUGCCUCUCCUUUCUGGCCCCUUCCUUCUGUGUCUGCCUUCCCACUUUCCUCUCUCACUUACCCCACAUUCUAGUUGCUUCUAUGACCUCUGAAACCCUGACGCCCAUUGACUCCCCACUUUACCCCCUUCUUUCCUCAGAGGGGGAACCCUAUCCUGAAGUUCAUCCGCAAUGUGCCCUGGGAGUUUGGCGAGAUUGUCCCAGAUUACGUGCUGGGCCAAAGCACCUGCGCCCUUUUCCUGAGGUGAGAAUUGGCAGACAUGAGCGUCUGAGCACACCCCAAGCGGCUCAGGCAGCCUGCAAAUCAAGCAUUGAACCAUAUAGCAUCUUUGCCGGGAAAGGGGUCUCUCCAGCAAUGUAACAUUUCACCUGUGCCCCGAGAUUUGGCAAAGACCAUUUAAAGGGCCCGGCAGCCUCUGCCACACAGCUGGUGCACCCCUUUUGACAAAAUAAAACUUGCUCUGAAUGGUUUCUUUUCUCUCUCUGCCACCCGCAGUCUCCGGUACCACAACCUGAACCCAGGCUACAUCCACGAACGCUUGCGCCAGCUCGGAAAGACGUACAUGCUGCAGGUGCUGCUGCUUCAAGUCGAUGUGGUGAGACACCUUGAACCACCUCACCUCCUCUGACUCCAGCCCUCUCCUUCCCUCCGGCUCGGGCUGCCAGCUCCACAAAAUCCGCCAACCCCUAUUCUCAGUCCCUGGACCACAGAAGCCACUUCUUUUCAAUCUUCUCUUUCAGUUUAGAGAAAAGGCAAGCAAGGUGUGUCAGGGUAGCUUAUCAAAUUAUGCAUGGCAAGGAGAAAGCAGGUAAGAGAGACGUUUUCUCUCCUAAUGCUAGAACUCGUGGCCACGCAGCGAAGCUGAAUGUUGGAAGAUUCGGGACAGACCAAAGGAAGUCCUCCUUCACGCAGCAGAGUUAAACUGUGGAACUCACGCCUGCAGGAGGAAGUGAAGGCCACCAGCCUAGGUAGUUUUAAGAGGGUUGGACAAAGUCAUGGAAGAUAAGGUUAUCAGUCUUGGCUCAGCUCUGGCUCCACAGCUGGAAACCUAAAUGAAGGGAGAGGGGAUCCUGCUUGUUUUAUUUAUUUAUUUAUUUAUUUAUUUUAUUUAUAUUUAUACCCCGCCCUCCCCAGCCAAGACCGGGCUCAGGGUGGCUAACAACCAGUAAUAAAAACAGGUUGAUUAAAAUACAAUUUAAAAAAUAAGAUUAAAAUACAACAUUAAAACAUUAGGAUGCAGCCUCUUCACAGGAGGAGAAAGGAAAAAGAAAGAGGGGGAGGGAAUCAAGUUGAUUCCAAGCGAAAGGCCAGGUGGAACAACUCUGUCUUACAGGCCCUGCGGAAAGAAAUCAGAUCCCACAGGGCCCUGGUCUCAUGAGACAGAGCGUUCCACCAGGCCGGAGCCAGUGUUGAGAAGGCCCUGGCUCUGGUUGAGGCUAAUCUGACUUCCUUAGGGCCCGGGACCUCUAGGGUGUUGCUAUUUAAGGACCUUAAGGUCCUCCGUGGGGCAGACCGGGAGAGGCAGUCCCGUAGGUACAAGGGUCCUAGGCCGUGAAGGGCAUUAAAGGUCAAAACCAGCACCUUGAACCUGACCCGAUACUCCACUAGGAGCCAGUGCAGCUGGAAAAGCACUGGGUGAAUAUGCUCCCACCCAUGGCAGAGACCCUGUGAGGAGCCUUGCUGCAGCAUUCUGCACCUGCUGGAGUUUCUGGGACAGCUUCAAGGACAGCCCCAUGUAGAGCGAAUUACAGUAGUCAAGCCUGGAGGUGACCAUCACAUGGAACACUGUGGCCAGGGCGGGGCGGGAAAGGUAAGGGAGUAAGUUUCCCUUUGGAGUAUAUGUUUGGCCACUGUGAGAACAGGAUGCUGAAUUAAGCCCUUUGUGGCUUAGGGCCCUCGUAUCUACGGGACCGCCUCUCCUGGUCUGCCCCACAGAGGACCUUAGAGUCCACGAAUAACCACAGUUUAGAGGUCCCGGGCCAUAAGGAAGUCAGACUAUCCUCCACCAGGGCCAGGGCCUUCUCACUGAUGGCUCCUACCUGGUGGAAUGCUCUGUCCCAUGAGACCAGGGCCCUGCAGGAUUUAGCCUCCUUCCACCGGGCCUGUAAGACAGAGCUAUUCUACCUGGCCUUUAAUUUGAAUUCAGCCUGAUCUUUUAUUUCCCUUCUCUUCCCUCCCCUUUUAUGAAGAUCACCUGCUCUGAGACCCCACAGCUAAUUCUCCCCUGGCCUCCUCGCUGGCCCAAGUAGGACCAAUUCAGCCAGCUAGCCCUGGGGAUUAUCCAAUGCUUAUUUCCCCUAAAUUGAUUUUUUUAUUUUUAUUGUUAUUCAUGUUUUUAUACUGUAUUUUAUGCUGCUUUUAUAAUUGUUUUAAAUUUGUUGUUAGCCGCCCCGAGCCCGGUUUUUGAACCGGGAAGGGCAGGGUAUAAACAAAAAAAUAUUAUUAUUAUUAGCCAUUGGCCUGAGCCAGGUUCUUAUGUCCUUAUGGAUCCUCCAGGCCCAGAGGCAGUCUCAUCUAGAUUCCUAGGUUCGUUAGGGUAUUUAGCCACUGGGAGAAGAGGAUGCUAGACUAGACGAGUCCCCUUUGGCCUGAUCCGGCAGGCACUUCUUGUGUUCUUUCCCUCUCCGUGACGUCCAAGGAAUCCCCAGACACCCAUUGUGAACUGUCCCCUUGAUGUUCUGCUUGAGAGAGGGGAUGCUGGGCUGGGCGGGUCUUUGCUUUGAUGCUGCAGCCAGAUUCCCUUCCUCCCACAGGUAAAGGUGAAGGGACCCCUGACCGUUAGGUCCAGUCGUGGCCGACUCUGGGGUUGCGGCGCUCAUCUCGCUUUAUUGGCCGAGGGAGCCGGCGUACAGCUUCCGGGUCAUGUGGCCAGCAUGACUAAGCCGCUUCUGGCGAACCAGAGCAGUGCCCGUCAACGCCAUUUACCUUCCCGCUGGAGUGGUACCUAUUUAUCUACUUGCACUUUGAUGUGCUUUCGAACCGCUAGGCUGGCAGGAGCAGGGACCGAGCAACGGGAGCUCACCCCGUCGCGGGGAAUUCGAACCGCCGACCUUCUGAUCGGGAAGCCCUAGGCUCUAUGGUUUAAGCCACAGCGCCACCCACGUCCCACUCCUUCCACAGAGACACCCCUCAUUCUCUACCCCCUCCAGACCUGUGUGGCUCAUUUUCCUUCCUUGUUCCCUUUAGAAAGACCCACACCAGGCACUGAAGGAGCUGGCCAAGAUCUGCAUCCUCGCUGAUUGUACCCUCAUCCUGGCCUGGAGGUGAGGACCAAAGAUGACGGGGGGGGGGGAGGCGUCUGCACAAACUUGAAACAACAGCAUAGAGGAAGUUUCCAGCUUCUGAAUCAGUGGCCUGAAUGCGGUCUAGCUCUGGCCCAAGGUAGUUUGGAGGGGGCAGGGAUUCAGCAGCAGGGCAAGCACUUGGUGUGCAGAAGACCCAGGGUGCAAAUCCAGGUUAAAAAGCCAGAUUUCUAGCAGCAGGACCUGGAAUUGGCUCUGCCCCAGAAAACGGUGGAUGGCUGCAUUCUUUCACUGGCUGGUCUGUGUACUCAGCGAAUUCCCUCUCAAUCCAGCCCUCAGCCUGCCUCUUCCCAUCGCAAAGACUUUUCUGCUGCUAGAGUCCAUGGCAGAGGGUGUAUUCCUGUGCGUCAGGAGGCAGGCUGCCCCAGCCCACCCCUGUGGGUAAUAUAUAAUAAAUAAUAAUUUAUUAUUUAUACCCCGUCCAUCUGGCUCGGCUUCCCCAGCCACUCUGGGCAGCUUCCAACAAAAUAUUAAAAUACCGUAAUACAUCAAACAUUAAAAGCUUCCCUGAACAGGGCUGCCUUCAGAUGUCUUCUAAAAGUCUGGUAGUUAUUCUCUUUGACAUAUAGUGGGAGGGCAUUCCACAGGGAGGGCGCCACUACCAAGAAGGCCCUCUGCCUGGUUCUCUGUAACUGGGCUUCUUGCAGGGAGGGAACCGCCAGAAGGCCCUCGGUGCUGGACCUCAGUGUCCGGGCAGAACGAUGGGGGUGGAGAUGCUCCUUCAGAUAUACUGGACCGUGGCCGUUUAGGGCUUUCAAAGUCAGCACCAACACUUUGAAUUGUGCUCGGUACUGGGAGCCAGUGUAGGUCUUUCAAGACCGGUAUUAUGUGGUCUUGGCUGCCACUCCCAGUCACCAGUCUAGCUGCCGCAUUCUGGAUUAGUUGUAGUUUCUGGGUCACCUUCAAAGGUAGCCCCAUGUACAGUGCAUUGCAGUAGUUCAAGUGGGAGAUAACCAGAGCAUUCACCACUCUGGCGAGGCAGUCCACGGGCAGAUAGGGUCUCAUCCUGCGUACCAGAUGGAGCUGGUAAACAGCUGCCCUGGACACAGAAUUGACCUGCACCUCCAUGGACAGCUGUGAGUCCAAAAUGACUCCCAGGCUGCGUACCUGGUCCUUCAGCGACACAGUUACCCCAUUCAGGACCAGGGAGUCCCCCACACCCGCCCACCUUCUGUCCCCCAAAAACAGUACUUCUGUCUUGUCAGGAUUCAACCUCAAUCUGUUAGCCGCCAUCCAUCCUCCAACUGCAGUUGCAUUGCUCCAAAGACCUAGGGAAUGAGACGCUCCCUUUUGGAAAGCAUUUCCCAGCCCCCAAAUCUUGUGAGAUGACACCUGCCUCCCCUCCCCUGUCGAGGUGGCGACACACAUUGCACCACGUGCAGAAUCCCCAGCUUGUCAGCUACUCGAGGAACCUAAGUUUCCAGUCCUCAUUGUCAAUAGAUUAGAUUUUUUUCCCCCCAGGGAAAAAAAAAGGGCAACCAUGAAACUUGCUGUCAAGCUUUGCUCAUGAAACAGGGGGUGUUGUGUUGCGAGGUGGGUCUGCUGAGCCCUCCGGCUUCUCUUUCCCCUCUCCAGCCCGGAGGAAGCAGGACGCUACUUGGAAACCUACAAAGCCUACGAACAGAAGCCAGCUGACUUGCUGAAGGAGAAAGUGGACCGGGACUACCUGUCGAGAGUAAGAAACUCCUUGCCACCAGCCUCAGCCGUGUUAGCUAGAGAGCCCCAGGCCUAGAUGAGGCUCAUUUUCCCCAGUGGCUGAUUGCCCCCUUUUUAUUCCCACUCUCACACACAGAGAGCCCUUUCCAACUCCGCCACUUGGGUAACAGGUUGUCAGCAUCUAUUUCCUCCCAUGCCUGUCAUCCAAAUAAUCCCAGAUGGAAAAAGGAUGAAGGCGGCACUGUUUUUAAGGAGACAGUGGCCGUAAGUCCUUGACCGCCACAUGUAUGACAGAUCACCCUUUGCCAUCUCUAAAACCAACCAUCUCCCUCACGUGCUUUUACUGAAAGCACCUGAAAUGCUACUAGCAUUCAUUCCUCUCUGAAGCUUGCAAAAUGAAUAGAAACACCAACCAUGGUCAGGUGACGAAGAGCUUUCCACAGAAUCAUAGUUGGCAGGGACCACGAGGCUCAUCUACCGCAACCUCUUGCAACACAGGAAUCUCUUGCCCGACAUGGGGCUUGAACCCACAACCCUGAGAUUAAGAGCAUCCCAGGCCUGGCCAGUGUGGUAUAGUGCUUAAGAGCGGUGGACUCGUAAUCUGGUGAACCGGGUUCGCGUCUCCGCUCCUCCACAUGCAGCUGCUGGGUGACCUUGGGCCAGUCACACUUCUCUGAAGUCUCUCAGCCCCACUCACCUCACAGUGUGUUUGUUGUGGGGGAGGAAGGGAAGGGAGAAUGUUAGCCGCUUUGAGACUCCUUUGGGUAGUGAUAAAGCGGGAUAUCAAAUCCAAAUUCUUCUUCUUCUUCCUUCUCUCAUUGCAGGUGACAGACUGCCUGACCAGCGUGAAAUCGGUGAACAAGACAGACACCCUGAGUCUGCUCACCACCUUUGGAGUGAGUGUCUUUCCUUGGCAUGGGAGGGGCAAGUUUUCAAGAGAAGCACCCAUUUCAAGUCUGGCAGCCUAUGCCCUUUGACCCAAAAGCCCUUCCCUUUAAUCCCAGAAAUGAGAUAUUCCGGGGGGACAGGACUGCUUCAGCGCUAAAAAUACACUCAGGGUACCGCCACCCCCACUCCCUUUUGGAAACACUUCCUGUGGCCCUCCUACAGAACAGGGCUGGAGAACCUCAGGCCUGGGCACUAAAUGUGGCCCUGUAAGCCUCUUCUGCCGGGCCUUCAGGUCUCUCCCCAGCCCCCACCGCCCGUCAGCCCUGCCUCAAACUCUCCUUGAGCAUUUCUGACAAGCUGGAAUGUUGCAAUAAUGCUUCUCGGGGCGGCCAGAGAGGGGUGUGGGUGUCUGUGUAGCAGCUAGCUCACUGUACAAAGGUAGUAUUUGCAUCCACCUGCCUUAGCAUCUGGUCCCGCCCGGGGAACACGGCCCCUAGACUUGAAAAGGGUUCCCCAGCCCUGCUGCAGAACACUUUGUGAACUCUUAAGCCCUGUUCUUCCUUCUUAGACUUGCUUUUUAACUCUUGCCUUGUAGUCGCUGCAAAGCAUCAUCCAGGCUUCCAAGGAGGAUCUGUCCCUGUGCCCAGGGAUCGGGCCCCAAAAGGUACAGCUGUCCAAUGCACAAAUAGUUUUUCGUCGGCUUGUGGGAGGUCAAGGCCUGCCACAUCGUAGUACUGUAGUCAGGUACUUUGCAAGGUAAAAGGUAAAGGACCCCCAGACGGUUAAGUCCAGUCAAAGGAGACUAUGGGGUUGUGGGGUUGAUCUUGCUUUCAGGCCGAGGGAGCCGGUGUUUUUCCACAGACAACUUUCCAGGUCAUGUGGCCAGCAUGACUAAACCGCUUCUGGCACAACAGAACACUGUGAUGGAAACCAGAGCGCACGGAAACGGAGGUGGCGCUGUGGUCUAAACCACCAAGCCUCUUGGGCUUGCCGAUUGCAAGGUCGGCGGUUCGAAUCCCCACGACGGAGUGAGCUCCCGUUGCUUGGUCCCUGCUUCUGCCAACCUAGCAGUUCAAAAGCACACCAGUGCAAGUAGAUAAAUAGAUACCGCUGCAGCAGGAAGGUAAACAGCAUUUCUGUGCGCUGCUCUGGUUUCCGUCACGGUGUUCCGUUGCACCAGAAGCGGUUUAAUCCUGCUGGCCACAUGACCCAGAAAGCUGUCUGUGGACAAACGCUGACACCCUCGGCCUGAAAGCGAGAUGAGCGCCACAACUCCAUAGUCGCCUUUGACUGGACUUAACCAUCCAGGGGUCCUUUACCUUUUUUACCUUUACUUUGCAACGUCUCCCAGGAACUACUUUUGAGGCCUCAAUCUUCUCGCUCUCAGGACUGAAGGGAGAGAAAGUGUGAAAUGGCUGGAUUCGCAUCCUGGGCUGCAUUUCCCGUGGGUGGUGCAGCAGCAGCAGCAGCAGCAGCAGCCUCAUGGGCCCUAUCAAAAGUGACUUUAAGAUUGGAAGGGAGUCAGGGAUGUCAUUGUGGGAAACUAAGUGUGCAAUUGCUGGGAGGCUGCUGCUGGUGGUGAACAGGGAGCACAGCAGAAGCAGCAAAUUGAAGCAGGUAAUAAGAGCAUCUCAGGGCGCAAGCAGCUAAGCUGUGGGCCUUAUCCUGAAAAGUAAACACCCCAGUCUUCACGAUUCUCAACACAGAGCUAGCUGAUUUACAUAGCAGCAGAAGCUGCUGCCUGAUACCACAAUAGACCAUCUAACUGGCAGCAAGCUCCAGGGUUUCAGGCAUCUGUACUGUUGGGGACUGAGCGUAGGACUCUGAUCUGCAAUGGCUUUGGGGUCUCCUAGGGUUGGGACUGCUUUGGGGAAGAGGGUGACAGAGAGAGCCUCCUUUUCCACUCACAGGUUCCCCCAGAGCAGCACCCAUGAGAAUCCCCACAACCACUUCUCCCUCCUCCUACACACACAUUUUUCUCCCCAAUUUUCACCAGCACCCCUUUUCUUCCAGGCCAGAAGGCUCUUUGACGUCCUGCACCAGCCGUUCCUCAAAGCUGUGAAGUGAGCAGGGGCCUCUGUGGCGAGAAGACCAGGAGCACGUUCUCUGCAAGUCUGUUGUCUGGCGUCCCGUCCCCCCACCCCUCAAACUUCCCAGCUCAAAAACUCAGCUGCCUGCAGAGCCUUGAGGAAGCCCUGCAGAGGAGCACAACCUCCAGGAAGGGGACAAAACCUUUUAUUUUUCCAGCAGCCAACGAUAUUUCUCUUUUUCCCCACCCACUUUGCAAUAAAACACCACUGUGCGGCAAAACCCACUCCCCAAGAUUCUCCCUUAUUCUUCUUGGGUGAAGGGAGCAAGCUUUGCUGAAAAAGAAAGUUUGGUUCCUGCUUCACAGCUCCUUAUCUAAUCCAGAGGCAGAAAAUAAGGAUCUGAGCAGCUGCGGGCAAACCAGGGACCCCUUCAAAUCUCUGUCUCCUGUAGCAACCGGACAAGCUGCGUAGAGUCCGUAGAGGUGGAGGGGACAUUGUUCUCAGAAAAAGCAGGAGUUUUUGUCCCCACCCCAACCCCGCAAGAUGUCCCCAACC